AUAAGAUCUUGCUUCUAGGGCAUUGGAACCCAUUCCCGCUCAACUCCUUUUACAACCUCCUCUUUCCGAUUACCUGUAAUGGAUUAGCGCUCGUGUUCCCGAUCUGAGCUCGCAAACUGAAGCCUCUCUCUCUCUCUCUCACUCCAUUUCCAUUCUCAGGCUUUGCACUCGAUGCCAACUAUGGCGGGGAAGUCGACUCGUCUCCUUAUACCAAAAGAAGAGGUCGAAGGCGACCGCCAGGGAACGAUGGACUUCGUUUUCUGCAGGAUUGGUGAGCCCGUCCCACUAAUGCCUGCCCACUCCGACUCCGCUUUCGAUCUCUCCAACCCACCGUUUCAGCCUAUAGCUGUCUCCGAACGCCACCGUCUUCUAUUUCUAGCUCAUACCAAAGGGUUUUUGAUUGCGAAUACCAAGGAUGUAAUUGAAUUAGCGAAAGGCGUUAAGGGGAAGGGCACAUGCGUGCAAAGAUCGAGUGUUUUGGAUGUGCAGAUUGGCAGGGUUUCCAUCUUAGCGCUUUCUGGGGAUAAUUCAAUGAUUGCAGCGGCUGUUGGUGGAGAAAUUCACUUGUUCUUUGUGCUAUCUCUCCUCGACAAGGUGCAAGAGCCAGCAAUUUCAUGCCACCUAAGCAAAUAUGGAAUUGUUAAAGAUUUGAAAUGGCGAAGAAAUUCUGAAAACUCCUUCAUUGUUCUAUCAGGUCAUGGCUUACUAUGCCAUGGAUCUUCUGAUCUUCAGCUCAAGGACGUGAUGGACAAUGUUGAUGCUGCUGACUGGAGCGUGGAUGGCAAAUUUGUUGCUAUUGCAAGGAAGGAUACUGUUAGCAUCUUAUCAUCCAAUUUUGAGGAAAUACUUGGCAUUCCACUUUUGUUUCAGUCAUGGGCUGUUGAUUCUGGAUCAGAAAUAAAAGUGGAUUCAAUCAGGUGGGUUCGCCAUGAUAGUAUUGUCAUUGGGUGUACACAAUUGAUGGAAGAUGGUGAUGAGGAAGGAUAUCUAGUUCAAGUAAUUGUAAGCGGGGAACACCAAUUUACAGAGGUUUCCUGCAAGCCAGUUGUCUUCUCUUUUCCUGAUUUGUUUGAGGGGCUUUCUGUUGAUAUGCUUCCAACUGGAAUGGGGCCAUAUUUGCUUGCGGACUACUUGGAUUGUUGGGAUGUUGCAAUCACUUCUAAUAAAAAGAAUAUUGAUCAGCAUAUUUCAUUACUAAGGUGGUUAGUUAAAGACAAUGGAUAUGAAGUUGUGUCCUUUGAAUUGGGAAGUGACAAAUAUAUACCCAGGAUUGAUUUGCAAGAUGAUGGAGAUGACAAUUUAAUAUUAGGCCUUGCUGUCGAUAAAAGUUCAUUGUAUGAGAAAAUUAAGAUACAGAGUGAUAUGGAGUUCAAAGAACUUUCACCGCGAUGUAUUCUCCUGUGUCUUACCUGUGAUGGAAAGCUUACCUUGAAUCAUGCUGCUUGGGUUUCUGAACCUUCUCAUUUGACGAAGAUGGUCUCCCCCCAUGGUGACAAUAAUAAGGAAGUUCACACUUUAAGUUCAGCUGAAAGUGAGCUGGAGGUAAAUACCUCAAGGCUGAGAGCUGGGCUAGAUGCUGCAAUUUCAGAUAAGAUGCAAAUUAUCCCGGGUAAACAUGAUAUAGGUGGCAAACUGGGGAGUCGGCGAACAUUAGAUGGUGUAGAGCCAUGCUCACAAGGACCUGGCAUGAUAACAUCUAGUUAUUCAAGAAGGCCUGCAAUUGAAGAGCCUGAGAUGCUUUCUAAUUCUGGAGGCUUGGGCACUAAAUCAUCUGACAAUGUGAUUGCAAGCGACUCAUUGAUGGUUAAAGGAACUGGGUCUGGCCAUCUUGCUGGUUCAACUAUUACUGCAGGAUCUGCAUUUGGGUUACGAAUGGCUCAGAACGUUUUUGGAGUAGAUGGCUCAAAUGCAAGUUCAUCCUCUACUGUAAAAGGAACUGGGGCCAGUAGAAGUCUUAGUUCAACUAUAAACGAGGGAUCUUUAUCUCAGUCACAAACUCUAAUGCCCUUCACAGUUGAUGCCGCAGAUGCAAAGCAUUUAUUCACAUCUCCAGGUGAAUCAAAUUCGGCUAGAAUAGGAAAUAAAGUAUUAUUUUCUCCACCAAGUAAUUCUCCAGCCAAUUUUGCUCCUUUUAGCAAACCAUUUGGUACAAUGGCGUCAUCAGAGAAAAUCAAUCAGAGUGGCGUGCAAGCCUCUUCUACUAAGUCAGGAUACACAGGGUCAGCAUCCAUCCUCCAGAGCUCAUCGGUAGCAGCUUCAGUAAAGUUGCCUGGUUCUCGACAACAGCUCCUUGGUAAUUCUACAUCUUCCAAGCCUCGCCAGAGAUUGGAAUCUGAACCACAAUUUUCUAAGCAGUUUUACAAUGUAAAAGAUAUGACCAAGGAACUUGAUGCCCUGUUAUCUUCUAUAGAAUGUGAAGGUGGAUUCAAGGAUCUCUGUACCAUCUCUCAGGAACAAUCACUUUUGGCAUUGGAAGCUGGUCUAGAUGAUCUUUCGGAGGUGUUAUUUGUUUAUAGGGACGAAAUUGAAAAUCAACGAAUAGAGAUCCAGCAGCUUUGUAAUAAGAUGUUGCAAGUGUCUGCUAGACAAGUUUAUAUGAAAGGUAUAGUUCAGCAAGCUUCCGAUCACAAUUACUGGGCCUUUUGGAAUAACCGAAAGUUAAGUCGUGAAUUUGAAGCAAAACGGUUGCAUAUUUCAAAUUUGAAGCAGGUCUUGAACUUGGCAAAUCAACUUCUAGAACUAGAAAGACAUUUCAACAGUCUCGAGAUUAAAAGAUUUGGUGAACAUGACACAACUGCUACUGGUUGGAGAGCUCCAUGUAACUCUACACCCUCAAGAGGAACUCAAUCAUUGCAUAGUGUAUACAGUACCGUAAACUCCCAACUGUCAGCUGCUGAGCAGCUCUCUGAAUGCCUUUCAAAGCAGAUGGCUGUGCUAAAUAUAAGCUCAUCCACUCCAGAAAAGCGAAAUGUCACUAAGGAGUUAUUUGAAUCAAUUGGCCUUGAUCCCAAAACUGAUGCUUUCAUGUCUCCAGAUCUUAAAAGUUCCAACCUAUUGCCCUAUUCUUCCAAGAAAACUUCACCGUCAUCAGCGUCAGCCUUGAAGGAACAGUCCUGGAACUGUGUUCCAAACGAUGUGAACGCUUGCAAAUUAGAGUCUGCGAGGAGAAAAAGAGGCUCACUGGACAAGAAUUGGGCACAUUUUGAACCAUCAAGAACCACAAUAAAAAGGACUUCUACAAAGGAACAGGUUAGAUCGAAUUUAGAUAUAGCAUUCAGGGAAGCUAAAGAGGUCUUUGAUUCUCAAGUGAAGGCCUUUGACAUUGCCCAGAAGUCUGGCAUUGGUGCCUCUUCUAAAGCCUUUGAUUCUCAGUCCAAAGACUUUGGCAUCACCAAACGAUCAAGUAACGAAGCUGCAUCUUUUCUGUCAAAGACAACACAUAGUAACUCUCAAUCCCUUGAACAAUCUCCAAAUAGAGGUAUUCAAGAGAAAUCUUCUAAGAUAGCAAUAGAUGCCCAUUCCAAGCCCAUAUUUAGAUGGGCAAAAGAUACUUCAGAUCAGCGUUCAGAACCCAAUACGAGUUCAAAUUCAAUUUCUUCACAGUUGUUUCAUAGUGUUGGUACUCAGCCAUCCUCAUUUGCAACACCAUCAAUAUUUAGCAACGCUAAUAGCAACAACAACGUAAAGUUUGGUUCACCAUUUAUGCUGAACAUUGGCGCAUCAUCUACAUUGAACAAUUCAAGCAGUCCUGCAACAAAAACAGCUUUAGCAUCCAAACCAACAUCUGUUUCCACUCACAUGAAGUUCACCUCCAGCAAUGUUUCACCUUUGAAGACUACAUCUGCAACUGAGACAGGGAGUCAAUUAAACCAAGGCACUAGCCUAAAAAAUGAAGUGGGCACUCAAGCUAAUUUAACACAAGAAAGCACCAAGAAACUGACAUUUUCUUCAAGUACUUUAUCAGCAUCCAUAUCACAGGCUACUGCUUCUUUAACCUCCUCUAGUCUUUCAUCCUUUCAGUUUGGGAAUUCUAUGCCGCCAAAUAUUUUUUUAUCACCAACAAUAUCUAACGCUCCCACUUCAUUUUCAAAUGAGAUAUUGUCCAAAUCUAUGCCAUCUCUGGCAAGGGUACCUGCAUCCAAGGAUUCUUUAUCCUUGAAUAAAAUUGGUUCUGAAUUGGAACAUGCAACAUUACAAACAAGUGAAACAACUAAUAAGGCAGCUACAGAUGGUCAACCAAAGGAGCUUAGUUCUUUUCCAAGUAAAAUUAGUUCAAAACUGACAACAGAUACAUCACAGGCCUCUGUCAGUGAUAUAUUUCCUCCCAAAAAAGAAGUUGGUCUACAUCCAUCUGUCAGCGACAAUGUGGGGACUGACAAUACAAAUGAUUCUAAGUCACAACAACCCACAUCACAGAUUCCUGCAACCAGUGUAGCACCUGCUCCGAUAGAGAAGUCCAGUCUGCCGUCAACAACCAAUGAUAAUGUGUUGCCUGCUGGAUCUGGUUUUCCGCCACUGACUGUGUCUGGCAUGGCGACGUCUUCAAGCAUCAUGACCAUGGAGAACUUGGAUGCUAACCUUUCCCAAGAGGAUGAGAUGGAAGAGGAGGCUCUGGAUACAAACUCCAUGCUGAACUUGGAAUCACUUGGCGGUUUUGCAUUGCAAGCUACCCCUUCCACCAAUGCCCAAAAGCCAAAUCCUUUUGGUGGUUCGUUUUUGCCAGCUAGCACAGGCAGUGCUAGUCCGCAGCUUUCAUGGAGUGCCUCUCCUGGGCUGCUCUUCCGCCCGCCUUCUUUCAAUCUCCCAGAAUCUCAAUCGCCGCACUUGUCACAGUCCACUGGUUCAAGUUUAACCGGCGGCCUUUCUGGUGGAUUCAGUGGCUUUGGACAACCAGCUCAGCUUGGAUCUGGACAACAGGCACUUGGUUCAGUUCUUGGUUCUUUUGGGCAGUCACGGCAGCUAGGUACUGGUUCACCAGGGUUUGGUUUUGCUUCAGCUGCUGGAAGCGGCGGAGGCUUCUCCAAUACUGGUGGCUUUGCUGGUGUUGCCUCUGGAGGUGGCUUUGCUGGUGCUGCAACCGGGGGUGGCUUUGCUGGUGUUGCAACUGGGGGCGGAUUUGCUGGUGCUGCAACUGGGGGUGGCUUUGCUGGUGUUGCCUCCAAUAUUGGUGGGUUUGCUGGCACUGGUGCUGGUGGAGGAUUUGGAGGAGCCAGCUCUGGUGGUGGCUUAGCAACAGGUGGCUUUGGAGGUUUUAGUAGCAUUGCGUUUGGUGCUGGUAACUCCAGUGCUGGAAGGCCCCCAGCUGAGCUAUUAACGCAGAUGAGGAAGUAGUACUAGUGAUAUAAUCUCAAGGUUCUGCCUUCUUAAACUUCUUAUAUAGUCUCAAGUAAUGAGGUAAGGAAAUUGCUGCUGCCCUGUAUCUCUACAUUUUUUGUUAGUAUUGGCACAUCCAAUUAAAUAGAAAGUAGAUACUUUUCACUGCUUGUGUGCGUGAUGUUUUAUAGUUGGAAGGAAAAUGACUUGUGUCUAAAAUUUCAUAA